AUGGUGCACGCAGGAUACUUCGUCCUCGGUCUGUUGACCACGACGGUCAGCGCCGUCAACAAUGUCGCUGAUCUAGUGGGCACUUGGUCAACCAAGUCUCGCAAUGUCCUUACAGGUCCGGGCUUCUAUGAUCCGAUCCAGGAUAAGCUACUGGAGCCAAAUCUCACCGGGAUUUCUUAUUCAUUCACAGCGGACGGCUACUACGAAGAAGCGUACUAUCGUGCUCUCGCCAACCCGACAAACCCCGAGUGUCCACGGGGAAUUAUGCAAUGGCAACAUGGCUCCUACGUCGUCGACAGUGGUGGCGUUCUUCGAUUAACUCCAAUCGAAGUGGAUGGUCGCCAGCUCUUGUCAGACCCAUGUGCGGCGGAUAAGGGCAUCUAUACCCGAUACAACCAGACGGAAACGUUCAAUUCUUUCAAAGUAUACGUGGACUCAUAUCACAACGUCCAACGACUCGACCUCCAGAAAUUCGACGACUCCUUCAUGCACCCAAUGUAUUUGGUCUACCGGCCACCUCAGAUGCUACCCACUGAAACCUUGAACCCUGUAUCUCAUAGCAAGAAGAAACGUCAUGUCACACGAGAGACCCAUGGGUGGUUCCGCCUGACAGACCUAGUCAAGCGAGAGGAGAUCCUCAACCCCGAUCGAUGGCUCUGGCUGGGAUUAUUCAUGACUGCCGUUGGUGGGUUCACCUUCAUCUACUCAUAG